AACCAAAGCUCUCAUGUCGACUACCACUACAUUGAAAACCAUGGCAGAGCAACAGUACUUGUGGUGUGUGGACCGCGAUGCAACGCGGGGUCGACUCCUUCGCGCCACACGCGACGUUAAGACGGGCGAGAGCGUGCUGCGUGACCGUGCAUACGGCAAUGUGGUGCUGUCCGCCAACCGUGCGGCGCUCUGCGCUGUGUGUCUACGCACUGCUGACGCCGACAUUUGCUGCGACGACUGCUCCAAGGUUUUUUUCUGCAGCGAGGCGUGCCAGGAGAAGCUACAAGACGUGCACGAAAAAGAAUGCGAGGCACUAGAAGAGGUGGAUCUGGUAGCGUCCAAGACGUCCGUGGACGUGGAUCUACUGCGGCUUUUGAUCCGCAUCUUGGUCUCACGUUCGCAGGACGCCUCGGACGGCAAGCUGCACAUGGACGAGGAGGGCAACGUAAGAAGUAGUUAUGCCAAUGUAAAGGAUCUCGUGCAUGUACUGGACAAAGAAGCAGGGCCGUGGGCUGACCACGUGCGUGCUGGCGCCAAGAAGAUCCUGGAAGACUUAUCGGACGAGUGUCAUCUGCCAGUGGACGAGAUUCUCGUCAUUGCCGCGCAGAUCAACGAGAACUCGUACUCGCUAGAUGCAUUGGACGAGAAGCAUUUAGUGGCGGCGGUGGGUUUGUUCCCGAUCUGUGGACUGAUUAACCACAGCUGCCAGCCAAACUGCACGUGGUCGAAUGCAGGAGAAAGCAUCAUGGAGGUGCGCGCAUUGCGAGAUAUCAAGGAGGGCGAGGAAAUCACACUGAGUUAUAUUGAUAUCGACAAAGAGCGCAGUGAGCGUCAGAAGGAGCUACGCGAUACAAAGCACUUUGACUGCCAAUGUGAACGUUGCUCGACGCCGCUGAGUGAGUCGGUCGACAGAUACUUGGAAGGCUUCCGCUGUCUGCGCUGCUCUGUCAAGGCUCCUGUAGAUAAAGACUGCUUGCUCGCUCAAGUGGAGGAUAAACUCGUGUGCCCGGACUGUCAGCUAGAUGUUUCGGUAACUGCUGUCGCCUCGGCUGUCCUUACGGCGAGAACAAAGGUGGCUAAGGCAAAGCAGAGCCUAAACCUAUUCAAGUACGCGGACGUUGUAACUCAGCUCGCAGACCUUACGAAGGGCGUUGUUGUUCGUGGUCAAAUGAUCCCUUUCUACCCCAGCCACGGCAUAGCAAUUGCAGUUGCACGUCUGCUCUCUGAUGCUCACAUCAAGCUAGGCAACGUCGUCCAAGCUUACGAACUCCGCAAACAGCUACUGCAGGCUCUUCAGCUUGUAUCGUGGCGUAACCACUUGCCACUCGCGCUUGCUCACUUUGACUACGCUGAGUCCCUGCGCCGCAUGCUAUUGCAUCCGACCACCCCGCUCCCUGAGAAUCUAGACCGAGACGAGCUGCAGCAAGAGAUGCGUGCUUCGUACCAAGCGUUCAGCGACAUCUGCACUGUUUGUCUCGGUAAGCCCCAUCCAUUGCGCCGCCGUGCGCUUGCAGCUCUGAAAUUCUGAGCAAAUUAUCUAAAGUUUGCAGAUGAUAGAGCGACAAUGUAAACCGAUUUGUCUUUUUCAGCUUA